CGAAAUUUCAAAUUCACAAUUUGAAUCACAAAAGCCAAAAAAAACAAAAAAAAAGCUUCGCCGAGACGCUUCAGUAGUAAACGAUGGUUCCGCCAUUGCUGAAGCUCGAGUUCACCCAAGGUCCAAGAGCUGGCGAUUCUCUAGGGUUCAAACCCGGAUCCACUAUCCGGAUAGGUCGAGUCGUUCGUGGUAAUGAAAUCGCCAUCAAAGACGCCGGAAUCUCUACCAAGCACCUCCGGAUCGUCUCCGAUUCGUCGGAGAACUGGAUAAUCCAGGAUCUAGGGUCUUCCAACGGCACCAUAUUGAACUCGGAAAGCAUCGACCCAGAUACUCCCGUCAAUCUUAGCCAUGGAGACGAAAUCAAGCUGGGUGAGUUCACUUCCAUUGUGGUGAACUUUGUAAGCGAUGUUCAGGCGCCGCCGCCGCAGGAGCAUAAGCUUCCGCCAAGGCCAAGGAGGAAUAACAAGCGUAACGCUGUUUCGGAUCCGGAUCCGGAUCCUAUUGAGUCGGUUCAGGAGAAGCCAAAGCGAGCGCGUGGAUCGUUGAAGCAAGAGGAAAAUGAAGUACCCAAGAAAACUAGGGCUUCGAGAAAGAAAAAUCUGGCAGAUAUCGUCGAUAAAGAAGAGGAAUUGGAGGUGGAAGUUGAGAAAAAGGUCAAUUCUAGGGUUGGGAGGCCCCGGAAGAACGCAAGUAGUGCAAAUGAAGAGGUUCCGGAGGAGAAAAAGGUCAAUUCUAGGGUUGGGAGGCCUCGGAAGAACGCAAGUAAUGCAAUUACGAAUGAAGAACAAGUCCCUGAGGAGGAAAAAGGCAACAGUGAGAGUAUCAAGAAAUUGGGUUUGAAAUCGAUCAAAUUGGAAGUUGAAGAUACCCCAAAGAGAGUAGAAAUCUCAGAGGUGAAAAGCAGGAAGAGAGUGACAAGGAGCAAGCAGAUUGAGAAUGUAAAGACUGAGGACACUGUUUUAGAGGUUAAUGAUGAGAAGAGAGCUACAAGGGCUACCAGAAGCAAGAAGACUGAAAUGUGUGGAGAUUCCUUUAUGGAGUUGGAGAUGGUCUUGAGCCUAGCCCGGAAAAGCCGUGCAAAGAAGAGGAAAAUGGAGCAGGAGCCGUCCAAGAGCGUUGUGGAGAUGGAAACUAGAAAUGAUGAUGCCGGAGUAGAGGUUUUGAAGAACUGUCAUGUUAAGGAAGAUAAGGAAAAUGAAGCUCAGGGAGGUUGUAGUGGAAGAAGUGAUGACAAAUGUGAUAAAGAAGAUGAGAGAGAAGGUGAUGGAUCUAAGAGGGUGGAGCAGGUGGAGACUGAGCUAAGCAAGAAGAGCACAGUUGGAGAAGAUGACGUAAACUGUACUGUUAGAGAAGAUGGAGAGACUGAGAGCUCGCAGGAUAUUGUAGAAGAAAAUGGAAAUAAAUCUCAGGAAGGUUGCAGUGAAAGAAGUGAUGAAAAACGUGAUAAAGAAGAUGAGAGGGAAGGUGAUGGGUCUAAGAGGGUUGAGCAGGUGGAGAUUGAGUUAAGGAAGAAGAGCACCAUAGGAGAAGAUGACCUGAACUGUACUGUUAGAGAAGAUGGAGAGACUGAGAACUUGCAAGACAUUGCAGAAGAAAAUGAAGCUCAGGAAGGUUGCAGUGAAAGAAGUGAUAAAGAAGAUGAGAGGGAAGGUGAUGGAUCUAAGAGGGUAGAGCAGGUGGAGAUUGAGCUAAGGAAGAAGAACACCAUAGGAGAAGAUGACCUGAACUGUACUGUUAGAGAAGUUGCAGACACAGAAAACUUGCAACAAAUUGAAGAAGAACGUUGUGACGAGGAAAGAGAGUGUACGGUCGAGGAGGCUGGAAUUGCGAUAGUAGAUGAUGAUUGUGAAGAGGAAAAGGUUGAGCAGGUAUCAAGCAAUAGGGAUGUAGAGAGGGUAGAAGUAGAUUUAGGGAAAAUGACACUAAGAAAUUGGUUUGAUUCCAUGGAAGCUCAACUGCCAAAACAGACAAUUGAAGAGACAGAGAAGAUGAUUGAGCCCAUGAGAAGUAAGACUUUGAGAGUUUACAAGCAUAUUGCAGAGCAAAGGGAAAAGGGCGUAAUGGCUGAAUAUGAUGUUCUGAUCAUCUGAGAGGUAGCUUCAGUUUGACGCUUUUGGAUCAGUGGAUCGAUGUUAGUUUUGUGGGACAACUCAUGUGGCUUGCUUAAGCUCUAUGCAUUUACUGAUGCAAAGAGAGACUAUAUGUAUAUAUAUAUCAAUCAUAUCAACAUGUGAGAGUUGCUACAAAUCGAA